UGCUCUCUCUCCCCUGCCCCCUCCCCUCCCCCUCUGGCCCUCUGUCCUAACCACCGGCCCCCAGGCUUCAAUGGCCAUGGCAACCAGUUAUUCAAUCUCCAACCCACCACUUACCUUCAAAACUUCUCAUCUUAAUAAACAAGUUCCAAAUUGGAGACUUCCUACAAUCAGAAGUGGCAAUGGCAGUGGGGGUAUGCUCACUAUGCAAAGGAGGAGUUUAAGAACUUGUUUCCAUGUCUGUGCUGUCACUGGGGACCAGAGCACCAGCAAUGCCUUGAGCGCAAAAUUCCCAAGCGAUUACACAGAACUUAUAAUGCAGGCUAAAGAAGCUACAGAAUCAGCUUUUAAGGAUGGAAAACAGCUAUUGGAGAUAGAGUUUCCUACAGCAGGACUACAAUCUGUUCCAGGUGACGGCGAAGGAGGAAUUGAGAUGACAGGAAGCAUGCUUCUCAUUAGAGAAUUUUGUGAUCGUUUUGUACCUGCCGAGAAAGCGACCCGGACCAGAAUUUUCUUCCCUGAGGCAAAUGAGGUUACUUUUGCAAGACAGUCAGCCUUUGAAGGCUGCUCAUUAAAAUUGGAUUAUCUAACAAAACCAUCAUUAUUUGAAGAUUUUGGUUUUACAACAAAGGUCAAAAUGGCAGACCGCGUGCAGCCCAACGAUGAGACAUUUCUUGUGGCUUAUCCCUAUUUCAAUGUCAAUGAGAUGCUUGUGGUGGAGGAGCUUUACAACGAAGCAGUUCUUAAUACAGAACGGAAAUUGAUUAUCUUCAAUGGAGAACUAGAUCGGAUAAGAAGUGGAUAUUACCCGCCCUUUUUCUACCCAAAGCUAGCGGAACUUUCCAAGACAUUUCUUCCGAAACUGGAGACAGUUUACUAUAUUCACAAUUUUAAGGGAUCCAAAGGAGGAGCACUUUUCAGGUGUUACCCUGGCCCUUGGAAGGUGCUAAGAAAACUAGGCGGCAGUUUCAUUUGUUUGCAUGAACAGGAGGAGAUGCCUUCGCUGAAAGAAGUGGCCCUCGACAUACUUCCUUCUGCCUAGAAGUUUCAAUGCUUGAAGCUUUCUUAAAUCAUCUCUAGAGUUCUUCCCUCGAUGUAUAUGCUCACAAGGUUGCUGACGAUCCUGUGGCGAAGGGCAUUGAAUUAAGGUAGAAAUGAGUAUUGGAUCGCUCAAAUAUAUAUCUUCAGGCAGGCCAGCCAGUCAUAUCUUGGAAGAUUACCUAUAACCGGUUGCGCCCACCUGUAAUUAAGAAAAAAAGAGCUCAUCAUCAUAUAGAGUUUAAACUUCACCGCAAAAAAUAGAGCCUAAACUUGGUAUUUUCUGGUUAUUUUAGCAUCACGUGAGUUAGCUCGGUGACUUCCUCAGUCCAGAAGAAGCAGAAGGUGUUGUAAAUUCCCGGUGGUUUCCAAGCCUAAGCUCAAAGGUGGGGAAACCAAAACAUGAGCUGAGUAAUGUGAUAGUGACAAGGUCGGUGCAAAGAAAUGUGUUUUGCCAUGCA